AUGGACCCCGCCCGCUGCUCAGGACCCCUAAAGAGGCAGCGACAGGAGCGCACGGUGUACACCAAAGAGCAGCUAGAGAUGCUGGAAGAGCACUUUAAGAAGAACGACUAUCCGGGCUACCAGGAACGCCUGGGCCUGGCGGCCAAGCUCAACCUAGAGGAGCACAAAGUGCAGGUGUGGUUCAAAAACCGCCGGGCCAAACGCUCUAGGCUGGAGCGACUGUCCAAGGGCGGAGACCAGAGAGCCUGCGACGCCCCCGGCGCCCCCGGCCCCACAUUCCCAGAGGAGCCGGGUUUCCGCAGCCCCGCUCCGCCCAGCCCCGCGGGGAUGCUCGCGGCACCGGAUCCCGGCGCCUUCGGCCAGGGCCCGGCCAGGUGGGCCCCGGCUCGGGGCGCCCAGGCGGAAGUCCCGGCUGCUUCAGCCCCCGUUCCAGCCCCAGCCUCAGUCCCAGCUCCAGCACCCGUCUGGCCUCAGGACCCCUCUGCCGCCAACUUCUGUCCUGGGCCUCUUUCAAUUCCAGAUUUUGCAAAUAUAUUCUCCUACCGAGAUCCCUCCCGGGGACCUCCCUCUCCCUUGAUGUCUGGGUACCAAAAGGAUGAUGAUUCUGAAGAUGAGAACGACUUAGGCCCCGGGCGGUUACUGAGUUUAUAG